CAAAGGCGUGCCAAGACCUGUAAGCAAUGAACAGUGACUGUCAGCAGCAUUUCGCCUAUCUUACUCCUUAAUCAAGCCCUAUCUAGCGACAACUAUGACAAUCCCCGAGUCAAACGUCACCAUUGAGCCAGGAUAUCGUCCUGGCUUGCUAGCCAGAUGUCUUGAGAUGCACAUAGCCUACUACCAUCCAUACAACUCCUGGGGUCUUGCGUUCGAAACCUCCCUCGCCAAAAGCUGGGCCGACCUCAUCCAAAGACUCACCAAUCCCCGCAACCAAAUUUUCGCAGCAGUUCAGUCAACACCCUCCGACAAUUCCGCCGACUUCACUCAAAAGAUUGUGGGGACUAUCUUGAUCGACGCAGAGCACCUUCAACAGCCCAACACGGCUCAAAUACGUGGCUUCAUCGUUGAUGAGCGAGCUCGUGGGCUUGGAGUAGGGAAGCGCUUGAUGGCGGCAGCGAUGGAUUUUAUCGAGCAGCAGAAGUUCGACAAAGUUACGCUUUUUACAUCGAAUACCCAGGAAGCUUCCUUGUAUCUUUAUAAGAAGGCGGGCUUUGUCGUGGUGAAGGACGAGCAAAAGAUUCUGUGGGAUGUGCCGAUGAAUGAGUUGCAGCUUGAUUGGACACGACCAUCUGUCACAACGCAAGGAGUCGCUGAGCAAGGUGCAAAUGGACUUUACGAAAAGUGAUCUAUAGAGGAAAGAAAGUAUAUAAAAAACAGAAACCCCCACAAACUACUAGACGAUCCCAAGAUUGACAUCUCUUUUACGACCUUGAACCCAAUUGCCUGGAUGGGACAUGUACAGUUGAACCUUGUCCCAAUGCUGAACCAACCGAGCAACCAAAGAAACAAGAAGUAUCAGCAUGGGCGUCAACAAAAAGAACGAGAGCUUGGUAGGUCCCAAAAAGUCAGGGAUUGCUUCCUCCUGCAUAGAGAGGAUUGCCGCCGCAAGGGUAAUGGGCGACACAACCUGCCAAGGUGAAUCAGCACAUUUACACGCACAUCGUACGUGAUAAACACACGUAGAGUAGAAAGCAGCUGAGAACUUGUGUACUUUCAGCAACUUGGGCCUGCAUGCGGGAAAUCCGGUAUUGUUCGUCGAUGUUGUGGAGAUUUAGCUAUGUUGGUGUGAGUGUCGUCCCGUGUCAUUGGGGACUGCCUUACUGUUCUUUCGUGCUCGUCACAAAGCGUGCGGAUAUUGUAUAAUUCCUUUAAGCAGUUCCUUGCUUCUGCGAAAGUCUGCUCAAUAGACACCAUUGAUUGACGU